AUGAACGCUUCAGAGUUCUCACAUCGUGGGAGGCCCAAGAGAAAUGGGCCGUGGGACGUUAAUUACCCCAACGGUCCUCUGCAGGAUAUAAACUGCGGUGGGCAGAAUUACAACAACGGGCACGCGACGAUGCCGUUGAACACGAGUAUGCGUGCACCGCGCAAGAGAACAGAUGGUAGUAAUGCAAAACAAAUAACCCCGCGACGAGGGAUAAAAAUAAGAAGAAACAGCAAAACACCAUCAUCAAGAAUAACAACAACAACAACAAAAAGACGAUCGACCAACAUCAAACAGUGCAGCCUUGUUCAAUACAUGUUCGUAUGGCUUAUGUUCACCUACGAUCUUUACUGUUACCUUGAGUGCAUGAAAUAUCAGGUAUCAACAGUCCAACGCUGCUUACUGGGAUGGAAGCCUCCGCGACAUGAGGCGGGAGAUAUGGUCAUUACAGUAGCCACAAAAAGGCUCACGCAAACUAUGGGGUACACGGGUGAACCCCGCCAAGUACUACACACGUACAGCGGACGACUGCCUCGUUUC